AUGGACGCCGGUGGUCGAGGUAGAGGUAGGGGGCGUGGACGAGGCCCUGAGGGAGAGAAUGAGAACGAACCCGACCAAAUAGCUAUAGCCAUCCAGCGGAUGGCUGAUUUAUUGGAGAGAAUGGUAAACCAACAAGGUCAGGGGCAGGGUCAACAUGCUGGGAACCCUGGGGAUAACGCGGAGAAUAAUGAUAGAGAGGACCGUGCGCUAGAACGGUUCCACAAGUUUGCCCCUCCUAAAUUUGUAGGUGGACCAAACCCUAACAUAGCUGAGGGUUGGUUAGACAGUACGUUAGAUAUCUUUGCCGUAUUUGGAUAUACAGAGGAGCGGCAAAUUUCUUUUGCAGUUUUUCAGUUUGAGGGAGCCGCCCGGACUUGGUGGAAUGUAAUCAAGGCCAAGUGGGAGCGGGAGCAGACUCCCUGGACCUGGGUCAAUUUCACCCGAAAAUUUAAUGAAAAAUAUUUGCCACCGAUAGUACAAGAGAGGCGAGAAGAUGAAUUUAUCCGCCUGUGCCAAGGGAUGUCAAGUGUGGCUGAGUAUGAGACUCAGUUUACCAAACUGUCCCGUUUUGCUCCGGAUUUGGAGGCGUUAGCGGCCACCCAGGUGGAUACAUUUAGCCAGGCGCUAGAGAAGGCGCAGAGGAUAGAUGUAGCCAGGGGUCAGGUCAAAGCUUUCCAUGAUCGUAAACAAAGACAACCAACCUCGAGUACCUACACCCCUGGACAGAGCUCGAAGAACGAGCCACCCACCAAGUUAGGUAGAGGAGCAGGAGGUCCGCGGCCAGCAGGGACCCCAGGCCGAGGAAAUUUUGGGCGAGGUCGGGCAGGGCGAGGGCCCCAGAGAGGUGGUCAGCGCGGAGGACCCAGUGUAGGACCCAGGCUGACCUACGGCUUUUGUGGAGGCAAUCACACCUCCGAUAACUGUUGGAAGCAGAGUUCGGUGCAAAAGUGCUUCAAGUGUGGCAGCACGAAUCACUUGAUUGCUCAAUACCCCAAUCUGCAGCAAGAAGGAGCCAGUACCCCUCAGUCAACAGGAACUGCGUCCAAGCCAGCCAAUGCAGGGGGAAAUCGACCUAAAGUGCCGGCCAGGGUGUAUGCUAUGGGUCAACAAGAGAUGACUAACCCUUCGACAGUCAUCGAAGGUACGCUUUCUCUUUUUCGGCGUACCGCGAAUGUUUUAAUUUAUCCUGGUGCCACGCACUCCUUUGUUAACCCUGUAUUCAUGACUCAUAUCGAUGUUAAAGCUGAAAAAUUACCAUAUGACCUAGAAAUCAAGACCCCUAUCACUAAUAAAAGUUUACUUGCCAAUAUGAUUUACAAGGGGUGCGAGUUAGACUGCCGCACUAAGAAAGUUGAUUUUCAUAUACCGGGUGAACCCACACUCCAACUUGAUGUUCGAGGAAAGUUAAUCUCAACCACUCUUAUUUCUGGGAUUAAGGCUAGGAAGUUGCUAAGUAAAGGGGCCCGAGGGUAUUUGGCAGUAUUGAUUAACACUCCGCAAGAGCAGUUAAAAGUUGAAAAUGUUCCCGUAGUGUGCGAAUUUCCUGAACUCUUCCCUGAAGAAUUAUCGUCACUACCUCCGGAAAGGGACGUAGAAUUUAAGAUUGAUUUGCAUCCCGGAGCAGAACCAAUUUCGAAAACCCCUUACUGA